AUCUUCUAUUUAUUAAUCUGCUAUACAUUUGCAUGUGCGCAAUGGCUCUUUUAGAUUUCGAGAAUCAGAUGUUUCUUGAAUUAUUUCACGAUGAUGCUUUAGUAGUUAUUGCUAAAGGUAUAGGAGUCGAAAGAUUACUCAUUAACAUUAUAAAAACCUUUAAUGAUCCUGGUAAUUUAGUUUUGGUUAUUGGUACAGCACCGACCGAAGAAGAAUAUGUCAUCAACAAACUCCAGGAUUCUGGUGUGACUACGCUUCCUAGAGUGAUAACCUCUGAAGUAAGUACUAAAGAUCGCUAUGAAGUGUAUAUGGAUGGCGGAAUAAUAUUUGUAUCCUCAAGAAUUCUCGUUGUGGAUAUGUUAGUUGAUCGAGUGCCUAUUGAUCUUGUGACAGGGAUAAUUGUCUAUCGUGCUCAUAAAAUAUUAGAGUCGUGUCAAGAAGCAUUCAUUGUUCGUUUAUAUCGGAUGAAAAAUAAUAAAGGUUUUAUCAAAGCAAUUUCUUCUAAUGCUUGUGCAUUUACUAGAGGAUUUUCUCAAGUGCAGCGCAUAAUGAGGAAUCUGUUCGUUAAAAAUCUGUUUCUUUGGCCUCGUUUUCAUGCUGUAGUUGCAAGCAGUAUUGAAAAAGCAAAACCAGAAGUAUUUGAAAUUCAUGUUUCUAUGACAAGUGCGAUGACAUCAAUUCAAAUUGCUCUCUUGGAUCUCAUGAGUUUUUGUGUAAAGGAAUUGAAACACAUAAACCCAUCUCUAGACACAGAUGAAUUAACUGUAGAAAAUGCUGUAGCAAGAGCAUUUGACAAAAUUAUUAAGUAUCAGCUUGAUCCAGUAUGGCAUCAGCUCAGUGCAAAAACAAAAAGGUUGUUAACAGAUCUUAAAUUUCUUAGAUCUGUUUUACAAUAUUUAACACAACUUGAUUGCAUUUCUUUUUAUAAUCUACUUAAAACCUUUAAAGAUAAUGUAACUAUCAGUACUCAGAUUUCAGACUGGUUAUUUUUGGAUGCAUCUGAUAAUUUGUUUUUGCAUGCAAAAGAGCGGGUAUUUGGUAAUGCUAAGAAAAAAAAUUCAGGUGAAAAGUCAGAAAAGGAGUGGGUAUUUGAAGAAAAUGCUAAAUGGGAUGCAUUACUUGAAAUUUUAAACGAGAUAGAUGAUGAAAAUAAGAGUGGAGAAAAACAGAUGGUUAUUAUAAUAGUGAAUGAUGAUGUUACUAGUAAACAGUUAAAAGAAUGCAUAAUGUAUGGUGGGCAAGAAUACUUGUUUAAAAUUUUUGCCAAACAUUUCCCAGAAGAAGCGAAAGAGAAAACGCAGAUGAGUAAAAAAACACGUAAGAGGAAAUUAAAAGCUGAUGAACAAACACUAACUCAGAUGAAUUGCACCUCAGAUGAAAAUAAUUCAGCUUCAGAAAAAGAAUUAGAAUCUUCAAAUUGUGAUUUAUCUGAAAAAUUUCCUAGUUUAAGUAUUGAAUUUUAUCCUAUCAGACAUCACUCAGGAAACCAUUUUCAGUUCCAAAACAUCUGUGAUCUCCAUCAUCCUAAAUAUGUGAUUUUAUAUGAUGGAGACAUGGAAAUUAUUCGCAGGAUCGAACUUUACCAGGCCAUUAAUCCUAGUGUGAAAGUGAAAGUGUAUUUUCUUGUAUAUAGUGGAUCUGCUGAAGAGCAGUGUUUUUUAACAACUUUGAGAAGAGAAAAAGAAGCUUUUGAGUUCUUGAUAAAAGAAAAGGCGCACAUAGUUUUACCUGAAGGUAUUGAUGGAAAAACAGGAGAUCAUCCUGAUUUAGUCAGAGGUUCUGAUUUGGCAAGUGAGACUGUGAAUUCUAGAAAAGCAGGAGGACAAUGUAGAAAGCUGGAAGAUCAGAAAAUUAUAGUCGAUAUGCGAGAAUUUCGUAGUGAACUUCCAGCAUUAAUUCACAGAAGGGGUAUAGAAGUUGUACCUGUAACAUUAGAAAUUGGUGAUUAUGUCCUAACACCUGAAAUGGUUGUUGAAAGAAAAAGUGUAAGUGAUCUAAUUGGAUCAUUAAAUAGUGGGCGAUUAUAUUCACAAACACAAUCGAUGUGUAGGUUAUAUAAAAAACCAAUUUUGCUUAUUGAGUUUGAUCAGAAUAAAGCAUUUUCUUUACAAGGUAAAUAUUAUUUCAAUAAUAGUGCUCAAAAUGUGAUUUCGAAACUCAUUUUGCUUACAUGCCACUUUCCCGAGUUACGCAUACUAUGGUGCCCUUCUCCCUAUUCCACUGCUGAAAUGUUUGAACUUCUGAAAAUGAAGAAAGAACAACCAGAUGAGAAAAAGGCAAUUUUAAUGAAAACAGAAGGUAGCGAUGGUGAAAUUCCAGCAAAUAAAUUUAAUACUGUUCCUUUUGAUUUUAUAUCGAAGUUACCGGGUCUAAAUUCCAAAAAUAUGUGGUCUGUUAUGAGAAAUGUAAAAAGUAUUUCAGAUUUAGUUAAUUAUUCUGAAGAAGAAUUUAAUAAAAUGUUAAGCAGUUCUGUUGCAGCAAAAACACUUUGGACUAGCAUAAAUGAAGGUGUGAAAGCUGAUGUUAUUGUUGCUAAUGUUACUAAGAAACCUAAAAAACCUUGGAAAAGUGCAAAAAAGACUUAAUUGCUUUUGUAAAUAUGUAUAAUACUUAUUUUGAUUUUGUAUAUAUUUUGUAUUAAUUUUGUUAAAUAAAUAUUUGAGUUUCUUAAUA